AUGCCCAAGACUCUGGCAAAGGCAGUAGAUCAGCCAGCCUUCGGUCCUGGCCUGGAAGGGAGCAGGGGCCUCGCAUCAGAAGGCUCAAAACCCUGGCUGGCCGGCGUGUACGACAUGUAUGGGGCACGCGCUGUGAACGUGCUGGGGCUAUUUCUGCCCUGGCAGAUUGCUGUCAGCAGGCAGGAGGUGAGGGAAAGUCACCUCACCUCUGCGGGAUCAGCGGCCCUCCGGCCCAGCCGCGCGGUGCGCUGCCGCCCCCUGGCGGACGAGGAGGCGCUGCACACCCUCCCCCGGCGCUGCGAGAGCACCAGAUUCCAGACCUCCGGCUACAUGAUCAUCCCUUUGGAGAACUUCUCAGUGGUGGGGUAUAAGAAGGACUCUCACCUCAUUAAAGUGCACGGCUUCAAGAGUUGGAACCCACACCCGCCUGGGGAGCUGGACUUGGCGAGCCGGCUGGGGACAGGGCAGUCUGAAACGGACCGAGGGCAGGGCGAGGAAGAGUGCGCGCGCGGCGGCGUGGGGCGCCCGCGGCCCGGGGCGGGGUCACACCCACGUGCCCUUGCCGCCCAGAGCGCCGGGCCCCCACUUCGCGUCAGCAGGGCCGGCCUGGGUGCUCAGCCGGCGCGGUGGGCAGCCUGGGGGCCGCGCAUCCCUAAGGAGGACCCCGGGGUCUGCCCCCCCGCCCCGCUGUCCUGGAGGAACAGUGCGGGCGCGAGGGCGGAGCCCGGGAGCCCCAGCCCAGGGAGGAGCCCGCCCAUCAACCUGAACCGUUACGCCACCAAGAAGAGCCUGGCGGAGGGCUUGCUGGACAUGUCGCUCUUCAUGUCCAACACUGUGCAGCUGAAAGCGGUGCUAGAUCGGGGUCCAUCCUCCUAUCACUACUUCGCCCUCGUCACCCUCCUUAGCAUCUCUCUGCUCCUGCAGGUGGUCAUCGGAAUCCUCCUCGUGGUCAUGGCUCUACUGAACCUUAAUGAGGUGGAAAAGCAGUUGCGUCUCAACCAGCUUAACAACGUGGCCACCGCCUUGAUCUUUAUCACUGUCAUCAUCAACAUCUUCAUCACAGCCUUCGGGGCACAUGAGAUUGGGCUCCUGGCUGCUGAGACCCCUCUCUGAACACAGCCUGGAGCCCACGUGAGAGAAGAUGGGAGGUGCUGGGCCUGGAACUGCUUCUCUCCCCCUUGAUCUGCCAGGCUGAAGGGCACAGCAAACAGCUUCAGGGAGAGCUCCUAGACUCGGAGGGCAGUGUAGACACUCCUGCUUCCUACCCUUGGCACUGGAACAAAGAUGGGCUCUUCUCCGGGCUUAAGCGGAGUCAUCUCGGCCUGGAGUCCUGAGCUCAGACUCAAGUACCACCCACCUGUCUCCUGGGCCUCGGGUGUGCCUACGGAAGGCUGGGUCUGCCCAGCUUAAGGACUCUGCUUCUGACCCCACCCCAUUCCUUCCCUCUGCCCCAGCCUGUUUUCUCUUUUCUGUAGGAUGGAAUAAUUUCUCUCCAUAAAGCUUUCUGCAGAUCCA